AAUAAUUCCCAAGGUAUGUAGCCUAAUCCUGAUUACCAUCAGCUAUGGACAUGGAAGCGCACGGCAGAAUGGUGUGCAACUCGUAUUUGAAGCGUUUGAGAGCCAAAGAGGAGGGGAAUGAAAUAUGAGUUGUUAUUUUUUUUUUCUAUAGCCUACUCAAAGGGAGUGGUAAAAUGUCGAGAUUGAGAACGAAACCAAUAUUGGAGAAGGCCUCAGUCUUCUCAUAGACGCUGCUGUGGAUAGUCUCCAGGAGAUUCUGCCUUCCCACUCAAGCUCGUACCAUGAUGGUUUCUGAUGAUAAUUUGCGCUGAAAUACAAAACCGCAGCAUCCUCGUCGGGGAAACUUUAAAUUAUAAAGGAGCCAAGAAGCACCGCGCGCACUUAGUGUCAUUUAAUACAACGAGGCAUUAGGACAGAUAAAGCACUUCUGGUGAGAAUCUUUCUACUCGUGCCAAAUUGGACCACCGGAAGAUGCGCGUUACGAGACGGUGAUCCAACAAAAUUAAAAUGCAUUUUUUAAGGAGUGCUCUUAACGCGUUUCUAAUUAAAGACAUGCCGGGGUAAUCCACAUGGGACAGCUCCUUACGUCUGCAACUGACAAUAAAAAGUGAGGAACCCAUGCCGGAUGAUCUGAAGCAACUUUACGCACCGGAGGGGGAAAAUAAAUAAAUUAAAAGCGGCGGACUUUCGUCAAUUUCCACCCACUUCGAGUCAACACGAUCAACAGAUGACCACGGCUGUCUUUAAACAUAUAAAAGAGACUGGCUCUCCUUGUGUCAUGGUGCGCUAGAGCCUGUGGAAGUACCUUUGGAGAGGCGACGCCAGCGGAGUCUAUUUGAUGUGCUUUGCGUUAACAUUAUUAAACCCACGGGAAGGCCGUCGAACAAGUGUAAACUAAAUCUGCAUUGAAGAAAAUCAGGUCUGUAAGACUGGACGCAGGGCAGAGGGGCUCUCUUUGCCCACCUUUCAGCAUGAGUGCAGUGCGCACACCUGUCUUCAUAGGGCUCCUUUUCCUGAUCCUCACCACCGGCUACUGCAAACCGAGAGACAGGGAUGACACAAGUCUGCUGGACCUCCUUGUGAACAGAGUGAGACAGGCACGGGAGCAUCACAGCGAGGGAAACACACAGCUACCCCCUGAGACCAUCGAGCAUUCGGUGGAAACAAAAGACGUGAACAAAGUUACAAAGUCAUAUCAGCAUGAACGCAUUCUUGAGAUCUUUCCGAGAGAUCUUCGACAGAAGGAGAGAUUUUUAAAACAUUUAACAGGGCCGCUUUAUUUUAGCCCCAAAUGCAGUAAACACUUUUAUAAACUCUAUCAUAAUACCAGGGACUGCACAAUACCAGCCUAUUAUAAAAGAUGUGCCCGGCUUCUUACAAGACUAGCAAUGAGUCAGCGGUGCUCAGAGGGAUAAAUGCCGCAGAUAUCUACAGACCUGAAGAAGUAAAGAGAACCAAGAAUAG